AUGGAGCUGGCGGAACAGAUUGACUAUUCGACAUUCUGCACAAUGAGUGACGAAGUCCUCACCAGAAUUAUGGGCAACUGUAAUAGCUCGCCUGAUAUUACCAUCGCUAGUGGUGGUCUGAUAAAUAGCAUAACCUGGCGACCUAUGCUAACUCUCGCAUCAGACUAUCUUCCCAUAAUUAUCUCGAUCGAGAAGUCUCCUGAUUUCGUUUCUGUGGACAACCAUACUAACUUUAAAAAAGCUAAUUGGGUCGGCUUCACGGAAUUUACCGAGAGCACUUUCAACGCUCUACCCAUUCUUACGGAYGUAUGCGUUAGCGAACAUCAAUUCCGCAAGGUGAUCGCAGCACCUACCACUCACUUCAUUCCGGCAGGAAGAAUAGCGGAAAUCCGUUUCAAUUUCCCAGCCGAAGCAGCCGUUUUAGCUAAUGAGCGCGACACCUUACGCCAUCCCGAUCCCGGGGAUCCCCGAAUAAGGGAUCUCAAUUUGGAGAUUCGGCGUAUGGUAAACCAUCAUAAGCGGAYGAAAYGGAUAGAGCACCUGAAGUCCUGCAACCUCUCCACCGGUGUGAGUAAGCUUUGGGCAACUGUCAAAGCUUUGUCUAAUCCGAAGACACAUGACGACCGCGAUAAAGUUCAAUUCAAUGCACUUAGCGUCAUAAACACUCAGAUAGUCCAUGGCCUCAACCAGAAACCACCCUGUGAGAGGACGAUCCUCGUAGCGUUGGAUUUGUCGAAAGCUCUCGACACAGUCAACCAAACAAUGCUACKGCAGGACAUUGAAAAAACUUCACUUAGUCCAGGGCUUAAGAGGUGGACUAUGUACUAUUUGAAUGGUAGUCAGUCAUCCGUACUAUUUCGAGGUGAARCAUCUAAACUGAGAAGAAUUAAACUG